AUGGAACAACACGACCAGUUAUGCUUCUCCUUGGAGGGGACAGCCAGUGACUACUACACCCUGUUGAUGGAAACAGACCGCGGUCUCUCUUUGGCUGACAUCAUUGGGCGGUUUGAGAAACGUUUUGGGUCAUCUGCACCAGGUAUCACGCAUCAAUUGAAAUUUCAGUCAGCAUCACAGGAUGUGGGCGAGUCAUUGCGACAUUGGGCUGACAGGGUGCUUACCCUAGCCACCCAGGCUUUCCCGGCUGUGCUGGAUGUACAUGUCUAUGCCAUCCCACGGCUGUGCUAUGGUGCUGAGGACAGGGACGCAGGACUUAAUGCCCUGGACGGCCAGCCCAAGACAGUUGAGGAAGCAGUCGACCGAAUGCAGUACUAUCAGCAUUCACGGCAGAUGAAAUCAUCCAAGCCCAUGAGGGAUGUGAGGCAGGUAGCUCAGGUUGAAGCUCCCAAUCCUGACAAGGAGAUCAAGGAAAUGCGCCAGCGCCUUGAGGAGUUGGAGAAGGAAAUCCGAGGGCGGACCCUCUCUCGGAGACCUUCAUCGCCAUCAUCGAACGGCAACCGAAAGCCAGCAGUCUGCUUCAAAUGUGGGGCCAUGGGACAUUUUAAGCGGGAAUGCCCGGAAAGGCGGGGAAAACUGAGGCGAACCAGGGCCAGGGGACCAAGGUGA